ACACCUCUCCUCCUGGUGAAGCAUCUGAUCUGAUUCUGGUCUCACACUAAGGGAACAUGGAUCACAGGCUUGUGUCUGCCGUCUUAAUUCUGCUCCUUGGUCUUGGUCAGGCCCUCUCUUCCACGGAGCAGCCCAGUGUGGAAGAGGACCAUGAAAAGCUGGACAUCACUUCAGUAAUUCUGGAGGCUAACAAAGGAAUCAGUCACAUGAUGAUGGAGGGAGACGUGGUCAUAGCCAAAACCAGGAACGCCAUGAAGUGUUGGGCUGACUACUGCAAGUGGGAGAAAUCUUCAUCUGGACUGGUGGAAGUGCCAUACACUAUCAGUGACUACUUCUAUGACUAUGAAAAGGCCAAGAUUAAAAGAGCCAUGAGAAGGUUCAAUGAGAAAACCUGCAUUCGCUUUGUGCCAAGGACCGGCCAGACCAACUACAUCAGUAUUGAGAGUAAAACUGGGUGCUGGUCAAAUCUGGGGAGAACCGGAGGGAAACAGAAACUCUCCCUGUCGGUGUACGGCUGUGUUCACUAUGGUGUGAUCCAGCACGAGCUUCUCCACGCUCUGGGAUUCCUCCACGAACACACCAGGAGCGACAGAGAUCAGUAUGUCCGCAUUAACUGGGACUACAUUCCAUCAGGAACUGCUUACAACUUUAAGAAGAAGAACACCAAUAACCUGAACACACCUUAUGACUAUGGCUCCAUCAUGCAUUAUGGACGCACUGCCUUCUCGACUGAGUACGGGAAAGACACCAUCACUCCGAUUCCUGAUUCCUCAGUGGAGAUCGGACAGAGGCAGGAAAUGUCUGACAUCGACAUUCAGAGAAUCAACGAACUCUAUGAAUGUGAUGUGUAAAAAAGAGGGACGACUGAAGAUGAAUGGAAGACAUGGAGUUCUAGCUAUGUUCUGAUUACACAAUACGUACCAUCUGUUUUUUAAAGAGCAGAGAGAGCAAACUGAGUAUAGGAUCUCAGCUGUAAAUGUGUUUUAACGUGUCAUUUUUCAAAAUGUUUGUCCAAACUGUAUUAAUAAAUUAAAUUAAAAACGCACCAUCAUGGAAAA